GUUGUAAUCUACUCUCCUGCUAGAACUGCAUCUCAGCAAGGAUCAGGCAAGGUUGGAAAGUGGAAAAUCAAUUUUAUGUCAACGCAAAAGUGGGAAAACCCAUUAAUGGGUUGGACUUCUACUGGGGACCCCUACGCCAAUGUAGGGGAUUCUGCACUGUCUUUUGACAGCGAAGAAGCUGCAAAGGCAUUUGCAGAGAAACAUGGAUGGGACUAUGUGGUUAAGAAGCGCCACACACCACUUUUGAAGGUGAAGGCAUACGCUGACAAUUUCAAAUGGAAGGGCCCUCCUGAAGCCAAGGAGGCUUAAACCUUGUUCAACACUUUUUUUCUCUUAUAAUUCAAGGCAGAAACAGACUGGAGGGUUUGUGUAGUCCAUUUCGCUGCUUAUUUUUUAGGAAGUUUGUUGUAAUAAGUGGGAAUCAUGGUGACUUGGCCUUGUGACUUUGGUUAUGCAUUUAUGUUGCCAUUACAGAGCAUCGAUUUUCGAUUCGAAGCACCCAUCUCGAUUAACAAACGUGCAUAGGAAUUGAUAAGUUGACUAUUUUGUGCAUUAAA